UGGGGUUUCGGGGUCUACUUCUCGCUCUCUAUAUAAGCGCCUCUCUCCGCUUUCCCCUUCACCAUCGAGGGUUAGGGUUUUUCCGAGCGCCGUUGGAGACCAAACGCAAGGGUUCAGAUAUGGAGCAGACCUUCAUCAUGAUCAAGCCCGAUGGCGUUCAGCGAGGGCUGGUUGGCGAGAUCAUUAGCCGAUUUGAGAAGAAGGGUUUCUAUCUGAAAGGCCUGAAGCUUCUCACCGUGGAACGCGCCUUUGCUGAGAAGCACUAUGCUGAUCUCUCCUCGAAGCCCUUCUUUGCUGGGCUGGUGGAGUACAUCAUCUCCGGCCCUGUGGUCGCGAUGGUGUGGGAGGGAAAGAACGUGGUUGUAACCGGCCGCAAGCUUAUAGGGGCCACCAACCCUGCAGAGUCUGCCCCGGGCACGAUCCGUGGCGAUUUUGCCAUCGAGAUCGGCAGGAAUGUUAUUCAUGGGAGUGACUCAAUUGAGAGUGCAAGGAAGGAGAUUGCCCUAUGGUUCCCCGAAGGCAUUGCAGACUGGCAGAGCAACCUCCACCCCUGGAUUUAUGAGUAGAUGACCUCUGCUGCUUUCCUUGCAAAAAUUUAGAGGAGAGUCGUCUAUAUUAAUUUACAGUGAAUAGAACUUAAAUUUUGACGUUAAGUUUUUGUUAGACUCAGUUACUGGUCGGAGCUUGUUGCUUGGUCAUGUUGCACGCGCGAUGGUGAUGGAUUUCAAAGUCUAGAUGUUAUUGGACUUGUAUCACAUUUUUAUUAUGCUUGUUUAUCAUUGAGCUUUUUUAUUAAAGAAUUUGGUGGCGUUCGGCAAA